GAGACGAAGCAUGGCCCCGAGCCAGCGCUUGUCGUUCGGCGGAAAGCGGGACGAGAAUGAUCUCACACAAGUACCUAUGCACUCGGCCAAGAAGAUCCCCAGGCGCAGAAGUAUGGGUGCGGAUAUAACUAACACAUCCCAAUCUCAGACGCUGGUUCUGAGCGGCUCAUCGCCCGAAUCUUUAACGGAACAUGAAGCCCGAGUGCGCGCAAUCCUCUCCAGGCCGUUCGUCGUGCCCAUCCGUGGCUGGAAUGGAAUGAGCCGAGGUACUCUUGGCCUGGGUAAGAACAGGGUGAACACUGCCAUGCACAAUCCCUUUGAGGAGAACGCUCUUGUGCUGUUCGAGCCCAUCACCUCCGCCCAGCCGACAAAUGACCCGAAGUCGGUUCAAGUUCACGUGGUGGUGGAUCCUUGCCUGUCCAAAGUACUGCGCCCACAUCAGCGCGAGGGUGUGCAGUUUAUGUACGACUGUCUGACGGGUGUUAAGCUGGAGAAUGGCGAAGGAUGCAUCAUGGCCGAUGAUAUGGGACUCGGGAAGACACUCCAGUGUGUCACAUUGGUCUGGACGCUCCUCAAACAGGGACCAUAUGCCAAGCGACUGAUCAACAAGGGUAUCAUCGUAGCGCCCUCCAGUCUGGUCCAGAACUGGGCGAACGAAUUUAAGAAAUGGCUGGGGCCAACGCGCGUAUCGUGUCUAGUCAUGGACGGCGGCAAGAAGACUGACAUCCGCGCCAGUCUGAAUCGCUUUAUGGAUCAAGGAGGUA